CAAAGGACGGACACGUGAACCGGAACUAAUGUAAGACUCCCUGAGCGCAGUUGCGAGCCUGCCGCGGAUCUGCAAGUCCUCCACAAUGUCCGUUAAACUAAACGCAUUGGUUAGCGACUCUUACGUUGAUGUUAGUCAAUACAGAGACCAGCAUUUUAAGGGAAACCGCUAUGACCAGGAGAAGCUGCUGAAGCAGAGCCACACUCUGUAUGUCGGCAAUCUGUCCUUUUAUUCCACCGAGGACCAGGUACACGAGAUAUUUUCUAAAAGCGGGGACGUAAAGCGCAUCGUCAUUGGCUUGGAUAAAGUCAAGAAGACAGCCUGUGGAUUCUGCUUCGUAGAAUACUACACACGCACAGGUGCAGAAAAUGCUAUGCGCUUCAUUAAUGGCACCAGACUGGAUGACCGUAUCAUCAGGACUGACUGGGACGCCGGCUUCAAAGAGGGACGCCAGUACGGCCGCGGAAAAUCAGGAGGACAGGUGAGAGAUGAGUACAGGCAGGACUACGACCCAGCCAGAGGCGGCUACGGUAAGCUGGCGCAGCAGCAUCGUCCCACAGAGGCUCGUAAUAGUUUUUAGACUGAACGUUGCCAAAGCAGUCGGCCUGGACUACUCAGAGCCCCACCUUCAGUCCUGGAUCAGAUGAAUUCUCCAACAAGGCCUCUACAUGCUAGCCCAGAUAUUUUUGUCCCAGUGUGACAGCAAAGACUCUCCAGCAUUUCUGCAAGGACCGUUGGACCCCAGAAACUAGCAGCUGUUUUUUAUUUAUUUUGUUCUAGUUGUCUGUGACUUUCAUACCUGCUCUUGGUCAACGUGCUGCAGCCCAACGUAUAGUGUGAUCGCUUUCAUUAUCUCUAUGGACAGAUUCUGCAUUCAUUCGUAGAAUCGCUAGGCAACCGGAAGAGAACCUGGCAUCAGAAGCAUGCUGGUUUCUAUUUAUAGACUGAAUUUUUGGAUUGAGCUUUCAUGUGUGAGGAAGCUGUGAGCUAAAGCUAAAGAGGCACAAUCUGUGAACCCGCCCAGUUAGCGUCUGACGAUGAUUAGCUUUUUAUUGGCGGCAAAUGAUCUCCUAAACUGGCUACAUGUGCAGCUGUCUAGUCGUGUCCAUCGUAUCUCAAACCCCAACUCCAGUCUCGCAUCCCAAGUUGCUAAUCGGACUCUAAGGGAAUCCGGGCCUUGAUAUGCGCUGGCAGCACCGAAACCAUGGAAGAAAAGUGCUGGACCACCAGAGGAUUAUCUGCAUUCAGACUGAUUGUCCUCCUCUCAGGCAUACCAUCAAAUUCCCUUCAGGCUGGGGAACGUUCUGAUAGCAUGUAGUGUCUAGGUUGAUGAUUCAUCAAAUAUCCAGACAAAGCGAUCAAGUGCACGUUCCGUGUCUGUUAAAAUGAUAAUAUGCUGAAAUAAUAGAAAGGACUCAUUGUGCUAUCUUUAUGAUUUCCUUUGAAUGAAAAAUCGUCCUCAAUUGGGUAUACUUUUUUAAAUAAAGAUUUUUUUUCUUUUGGCUUA